UACAGAUCACGCACUUCUGAGGCUCAUUAUUGUGUCUGGAAAGUCCAGCAACUGCAGCCUGCGAACACCAUGAACCUGAGCCCGUCUGAACACAGCAUGGACGGCAGCAAAGCCGAGCACUUGCUCCCUUGUUUCCGCAGAAGCGCGUUUGACGAGCCUCUGGCGUCCUACCACAGCGGCUCCAUCAUAUCUCACCUCCUGCGGAAAACCAUUCACAAUAAACUGACCUCGCUGGACAACAGCCUCCUUUACCUGCCCUCCGCAAACGCCAGCGGCUUCGAUCCCGAGUCCAACAGCGCCGAUGAUUUUGCUCGAGAGGAGCAGAGCUGCCUGUCCUUCAAAGACGAGGAUCUGUCUGUGAGCGAGCACCUCCAAGCCAAACGCGCCCGGGUGGAGAACAUCAUACGAGGCAUGGCUGCUUCGCCCAAUGCCGACGGAGAAGCGGAAAGCGAGUGCGAAGCCGUCCGCUGUAGAAGAGACCUCCUGAAGGAGAACAAACGCAAGCAGAGGCUCCCCCAGCACCAGGAACCAAAGACCAGCAAAGACGAGGAGUGCCACAAACUCAAGGAGCAGCUCCAAAGCAUGCAGCGUCUCCUGCAUCAGCUCCAGGAGAAGAUCUCGCACGUGCACGACCAGAAUUACUCGGAGAGCGAGGAACGGGAAGAUGCGAGGUCAGAGCUCUCAAGUCUGAGGCUGGACGGUGGACACAAAGACCGAGUCAAAGUGGAACCUGGCGGUUUCGGCUCCGACAGGGCGAUGAAGAACCUCAAAGAGACUCUCAAAUGCGAGCUGACCAGGACUGUGAGCGAAAGCGUCGAUACGGUCUUCAAGAAGCUCUCCACGAGUCUUCUGAACCAGUCAUCCCCAUGCCACAGUCCGGACUGCUCGGAAACCGAGAAGCGGAUCCCAGAGGACUCCCCUUCGGAUCUGUCGGAUUCUGAGGAAAACGUCAAUAGCAGGCAUUGCUUUGAGAGCCACGGCCCGGAGCACCAGACCGAAGCCUUGUCCCUAGUGGUCCGUAAACCUUCUCUGAGCCAGGCUGUGAAGAGACCUUUCCCGCUGCACCAGACGCCUUUCCAGAUGGGCUACAGCGCUCCUCUGCACGACAGCCAGAUCCUGGAGCACCUGCUGAAGUACGGCCCUCACUCCACCUUCUGUCUGGAGAGGUCCUCGCCGGACUCAGUGGAGCGUCCGUGGGAAAGCCUGGCCAUGAGGUCCAAGCUGAGCUCGGGGCAUCUGGGUCAGCACCAGACUGGACUGGUGUCGGUGGACGCGCUCUGCCUUCCUCACAUCAAGAUGGAGUGUGGAGAUCUGCAGAGCAUGGCUGAGAGGAGCUCCUUCAUGUCGCUCAAUAUCCAGGAAGGUCUGACCCCAAACCAUCUGAAGAAAGCCAAGCUGAUGUUCUUCUACACACGCUACCCCAGCUCGAAUCUGCUCAAGAACUUUUUCCCUGAUGUCAAGUUCAAUCGCUGCAUCACGUCGCAGCUGAUCAAGUGGUUCAGUAACUUCAGAGAGUUCUUCUACAUCCAGAUGGAGAAGUUCGCUCGUCAGGCCAUCAUAGACGGCGUUAACGAUGUGAAAGACGUAUCCGUCACCAGAGAGUCCGAGCUCUUCCGCGCACUCAACAUGCACUACAACAAAGCCAACGACUUCCAGGUUCCAGACAGGUUCCUGGAGGUCGCUGAAGUCACUCUUCAGGAGUUCUUUAGUGCCAUUUCCCUCUCCAAAGACUCGGACCCCUCCUGGAAGAAAGCCAUCUACAAAGUCAUCUGCAAACUGGACAGCGACGUUCCCGAGGAUUUCAAAUCACCUUCCUACCUGUAAACAGAGAGCGCCACCUACAGGACGCUUCAUGUGUGGACACAUGCCGUUUAUUUAUCAUAAGCAUCAAUCAUAAAUGUUCCUUUUUAUAA